AUGAAUCCUUGGCUUUUUGUAGUCGUAGCAGGUAGUGCUAAUCUUAAAUUUGCCCCCACAUGGCAAGUCCAGAAUAUUUAUAGGUUUAUACCGCAUCAAGAAUUUCAUUUUCGGACAAUGAUUAAUGAUAUUGGUCUUAUACAGCUAAUCAAACCAUUUCAUGUAACUAAUUACGUUCGUUUCAUAAGACUUCCCCGGGCAAGAGUUGAUCUUCGUGAAAAUCAUAUUUGUUCCACAAUGGGAUGGGGAGACACUAAAAUGAUCAAUGCGCCCAAGAUACUGAGAGAAGUAUGGCUACCAUUAAUGGCGAAUGAAGAGUGUGAAAAAUAUCUAGGAGGUGAAUUGCCAAUGCAACAAAUGUGUGCAGGGAAAAAAGAGGGUGGCGUUGACGCCUGUCAAGUAUGGGAAAUUGUUCAUAUAUAUACAAUAAUAGAUAUAAAUAUAGGAGUAUCAAUCUUCUGGAAGAUAAUCAAUAAAACAGAUUGUCCCUUUUUUUGUUUGUGUAGGGUGACAGCGGUGGCCCACUUAUUUGCGAUAAUAUCCAAGUGGGUAUCGUAUCUUGGGGAUAUGGAUGUGCUGAACGUCACUCACCAGGAGUUUAUACUAGAGUUGAUCGUUAUUUACCUUGGAUCUACCGUACUAUGCUCAGAAAUUAUUCAUCGACUAUCUUCUACAACUAUUAUCUCCUUCUUAUCAUUGUCAUCGUAAUAAUCACCUCUUCAUCAACCUUCAACUGACAAAUAAAAAACAAACAAUUAUUUUUUUAUUUAAAUAUUUUCUUCCAUUAU